AUGACUGCUACUGAUUUUGAAAGAAAAACUGAUUUGUUUUUAGAGUGGUUACCCACAGUUGGAAUCAAAUUGUCUAAGAAUGUCAAAAUUGUCGAUUCGAGAGAUGAGCAUCAAGGUAGAUCUAUGAUCUGCAUUAACGACGUGAAGGAGGGAGAGAAGCUGUUUUCGGUACCUGAGACAGCUUCAUUGAAUAUUAUCACCGGUUCUUUGGGUAAACUGGAUGAAAGCUAUUUAGGAAUUUUGCUGAGUAAGGUUGAACAUUGGCAUGGUUUGAUUUUAACCAUCUUAUACGAGUGGAAAUACCUUGGCGAGAAGUCGAAAUGGUGGCCAUACUUUCAGGUACUACCAGAUCAGUUUGAUACGUUGAUUUAUUGGGAUAAGGAAGAUUUGGAUAAAUUGAAGCCCUCUUUGGUGCUGGACCGUUUGGGUGAACAACAAUCCAAGGAUAUGUACGUCAAAGUUCUGGAGUUGAUGAAAACAUUUAAUGUUGCCGAUAAGAUUGGAGAAGUAACUUAUGAUGAUUUCCAGCGUGUUGCUUCAUGGAUCAUGGCUUAUUCAUUUGAUAAGGAAAUCACUGCUGAAAAUUCAGAGGUAGUAGGAGAGGAAGAUGGCGACGAAGAAGAAGUCGAGGAGGAAGUAGAAAUCACAGAAGAUAACAACGAAGAUGAAGAUGCUGAUGAAGAUGCAGAUGACAGCGUUAUUGAGAACAGUGUUAACUUUGAUGGCGUCAUCAAGUGUAUGAUUGCAGUCGCAGAUAUCCUAAAUUCCGAUACCAAUUUGGUGAAUGCUAAUAUCAUAUAUGACAAGACAGGCUUGAUCUGUUGUGCAACGAAAGACAUCAAGGCAGGGGAACAAGUUUACAAUAUCUACGGUAAUCAUCCAAACUCGGAGAUCUUGAGAAGGUAUGGUUAUGUUGAAUGGACUGGAUCCAAAUACGAUUUUGGGGAAGUUACGUUGAAGAAUAUCCUGGACUCACUAUCGGAGAAGUAUAACGUCAGCACUGAGUUUUUAGAUAGAGUAGUUGAAAUUUUGAGAGAAGAUGAGAAGAUCAAGGAAAUAUGGGAUUAUGAAGAUGUUGUGCUGGAUAGCUAUGACUGUUAUGCAGAUGGUGAAACAAUUCCAGAAGCUGCAUCAACCAUUCAAAUCCUAUUCGUUCUUUUACAGUCACAUGAAGUCGUAAAGCUGGAGGAAUUAGCUUUAACUAGACUAUUACAAAGAAUUGUGAAGAAGUGCCAACAAUUACUGGAAAGUGGACGUGUUACAGAAUCUGUUAAUUCUAUUUGGCAGCAAGCGGUGGAGAAGAGAUUGAAGAUGUAUCCCCAAACCAACCCAGUUCUUUCUGAAGAUAGAAUUAAAGAGACCUUCGCGAAGUCUAAGAGCGACCAAAGACAACUAAUGGCAUCAUGUAUUUUAGAAUGUGAAAGAAGAUGUAUUGCAAAGUCGCGUGAAGGGAUAAGUAAACAAUUUAAACUAUUAGAUGACGAGAAAUUAUUAAAGAACGUUUUGAAAAGACCAGUUGAAGAGGAGAAGAAGAAGAAGAGUAGAAUAGUUAAAAGAGUCAAAAAGAACAGAAAUGACGAUUAA